UCGCUUCCCGGCGCGGCGCCACUGAAUCUCUAGGCGCCAAGCAGUCACGCGCCGCGGCAACGUCCGGCGUGAUGAUGUCACACAGGCGGCAGCCAAUAAAAUGAGGCGCUUAGGAAGCUGGCUUGGGUUUGAAUCUUGUGGCUGAUUUUGAAGCGCGGUGAGUCUGGUAUCAAAGUGAAGUGGUAGCGGUGGCCUCUUGUGGGCUUGAGGUGAGUGAGGGUCACGCGAAGUGGAAACUCUGGUCUCUGGGUUGCUCUUUCUAAUGACCUGCCCCACUGGGAGCGAAGGGUCCCGCCUCUUCAGGUCUAAAGAAAAGUCGGUCCAAGUGGUGCUUGUUGACAAACGCCGGAGCGUUGGGUGGGGGCUGAGGAGUUGUCAGGGCUCCUGAGGAAAAAGUAAAAUGAAGGACGGGCUCGAGAACGCGCUAGAGCAAGAGUUAGCCUUAAGGUGAGCCCUUGACAGCUCAGCAGGAAGGCAGGAAUCACCUGCCUUAAAUUCUGAGAGGAAGUCGGAAGUUUUAAAGGGCAUCUUGGCCCCCCUUCCCAGACUUCGGCAUAGCACUUAGUUGUCCCCUAUCUUGCAGCAUGAAGUUCCUUCCAGACUCCAACUUUGGAGACGCAGAAGUAAGCGUAACUCAGUGCUUAACUAUCAAAUGGAGAACACUGGUUCGCCAAGACAUAAAAUUUUUGUCCAGUGAAGAUCUGUUGUUAGCCUGGCACAGGUCAAUCGGGAGCCCACCCCAAGCCAAGCUCCUGUUUCUACUUUUGUAGCAUCAAGAUAAGACCUCCCCUGACUGCCUCACGGGAUUACUGGUGAUCAGACCAGGGACAUACUCAGGCAUUUAUAUAAACAAAGAAAUUAAGAUAACAAUGUCUGUCACUGAGGAAGACCUGUGUCACCGCAUGAAAGUAGUUGUUCGUGUACGUCCGGAAAACACAAAAGAAAAGACAGCUGGAUUCCAUAAAGUGGUUCAUGUUGUAGAUAAGCAUAUCCUAGUUUUUGAUCCCAAACAAGAAGAAGUCAGUUUUUUGCAAGGAAAGAAAACUGUUACUCGAGAUAUUACAAAGAGACCAAAUAAGGAUCUUAAAUUUGUAUUUGAUACUGUUUUCGAUGAAACUUCAACUCAGUUGGAAGUUUUUGAACAUACUACUAAACCAAUUAUUCGUAGUUUUUUGAAUGGAUAUAAUUGCACAGUACUUGCUUAUGGUGCUACUGGGGCUGGGAAGACCCACACAAUGCUGGGAUCAGCUGCUGAACCUGGAGUCAUGUAUCUAACAAUGUUAGAUCUUUACAAAUCCAUGGACGAGAUUAAAGAAGAGAAAGUAUGUAGUACUACAGUUUCUUAUUUGGAGGUAUAUAAUGAACAGAUUCGUGACCUCCUAGUAAAUUCAGGGCCACUUGCUGUCCGUGAAGAUGCCCAAAAAGGGGUGGUUGUUCAGGGGUUGACUUUACACCAGCCCAAAUCCUCAGAAGAAAUUUUACAAUUAUUGGAUAAUGGAAAUAAAAACAGGACACAACACCCCACCGAUAUAAAUGCUACAUCUUCUCGUUCUCAUGCUGUUUUCCAGAUUUAUUUGCGACAACAAGAGAAAACAGCAAGCAUCAAUCAAAGUGUUCGUAUUGCCAAGAUGUCACUCAUUGACCUAGCAGGGUCUGAGCGUGCCAGUGCUACAAGUGCUCAGGGCAUCCAGUUUAGAGAAGGCACAAAUAUUAAUCAAUCACUUUUAGCUCUUGGGAAUGUCAUAAAUGCCUUAGCAGAUGCAAAGAGAAAGAAUCAGCAUAUUCCUUACAGAAAUAGUAAGCUUACUCGCUUGUUAAAGGAUUCUCUUGGAGGAAACUGUCAAACUAUAAUGAUAGCUGCUGUUAGUCCUUCCUCUAUGUUCUACGAUGACACAUAUAACACUCUUAAGUAUGCUAAUCGUGCAAAGGACAUUAAAUCUUCUUUGAAGAGCAAUGUUCUUAAUCUCAACAAUCAUAUAACUCAAUAUGUAAAGAUCUGUAAUGAGCAGAAGAAAGAGAUUUUAAUGUUAAAAGAAAAACUAAAAGCCUACGAAGAACAGAAGACCUUUGCUGAUGAAAAUAACAAAGCAAAGGUAAUGAUGUCAAACCCUCAGGAAAAAGAAAUAAAAAGAUUUCAAGAAAUUCUGAACUGCUUGUUCCAGAAUCGUGAAGAAAUCAGGCAAGAAUAUCUAAAGUUGGAAAUGUUACUAAAAGAAAAUGAACUUAAGAUGUUCCAUGAACAACAGUGCCAUAAACAAAUAGAAAUGAUGUGUUCUGAAGACAAAGUAGAAAAGGCCACUUGCAAACGAGAUCACAGACUUGCAAUGUUGAAAACUCGUCGCUGCUACCUGGAAAAGAAAAAGGAGGAGGAAUUGAAGCAAUUUGAUGAGAAUACUAACUGGCUUCAUCGUGUAGAAAAUGAAAUAAGCCUUUUAGAUGAAAAUGGUCAUAUUCCAAAGGAACUCAAUAAAGAUCUUCAGCAUCACCAUUUACACCUCCAAACCAAAGAUUUGAAGGCACAAAUUGAGCACACAAUGGAUCUAGCCAGUCUUCAAGAACAGCAGUAUAGGCAGACUGAGAUAGUAUUGAAUGCUUUACUUCCAGCCUUCAGAAAACAAUAUUGUGCAUUAAAAGAAGCUGGCUUAUCAAAUGCUGCUUUUGAGUCUGACUUCAAAGUGAUUCAACAUUUAGUUGAGAGGAAAAAAAUGGUGGCUUGGGCUGACCAAACUACAGAGUAUCCAAAGCAAAAGGACCUACCAGACGUUUCUGUUCUUAUGACCUUUCCACAACUUGGACCAGUUCAGUCUACUUGUUGCGCAUCUUCAAGUGAAUCUAAUCCACUUACAAUUCCUCCACAAAAAAGAGCUCGGAGAAAACUAAUGCCUUCUCCCUUGGAAGCAAAACUUAUCCAAAAGUCUAUACUCUCUGAAAGUAUUCAGCUCAAUGAUUCUUUCAGCAAAGAACUUCAGCCUAUUGUAUAUACUCCGGAAGACUGUAGAAAAACUUUUCAAACUUUGCCUACAGAGUCCUUAAUAAAACCAUCAUCACAUACUAUAAGUUUUCAGGCAAUCAACUCAAAUAUAAACAGUAAUAACUCUCUGAAAGUGUUAUGUGAAGUAGAUACUCCUUUUAAUAGGAGAACAGAACGUGGACAGGGGGAUUUGGACUCUACAUUUACAAUAUGCGAAGAUACCAAGAGCUUGAAAAGUGAAUUACCUGAAAAAGAAUCACUGCCAAACCACAACAAUAACAUUUUACAAAGGCUUGACCCUUCUUCACUCUCAACUAAACAUCCUGUGCCUAUACCAAGCAUAGUGCCAUCCUACAUGGCAAUGACUGCUGCUGCCAAAAGGAAACGGAAAUUAACAAGUUCUGAACCAAAUACUUCAUUAACUGCUUCAGUAAAUUCUGGACUUGCCAAACGUGUUCGACAAGAUAGUUCAAGUAAUAAGCAUUUACAAGAAAACAGAUCAGCAAUAGAAUAUAAAAGAAAAAACCAUAAAAUAAAUUCAAGCUUGGUUAGAAAAUUUGGAAGAAGCAUUUCAAAAGGAAAUCUAAGAUAAGUUACUUCAAAAUCAAAGAAAAUGAAAUCGAUCGAGUCUGAUUUUAAAAGUGUUUAUUGUCAGUGCCCUUUCAGAAAUGUAAAAUCUUGGAAAGAAGGCUGUCUUAAGACUAGGUUUACCCAAAUACCUACAGCAAGCAGAAAAUGAAUUUCUUUUCUCUAUUCUAAGCAAAUAUAAAGUUUCCAUGGAUAAAGUUAUGUUUUGAGUUUCUAAAAUAUUUGUUAUUCUUUAAGAUCCUUAAAUCAGUAUUGUGGCAGUGCAGUUUUACUAUGUCUCAACAAGGUGAUUAGGACGUUUUAGAAAGCAAUAGCUUUUUUUUUUUUUUUAAUACAGAGAAUUUAGAAGUGAUAAUUAUGGCCCAGGAUAUAUUUAGUUUUUUAUUAUGUUUUAUACAUUAUUUUAAUCAUAAAUACAACUUUCUUUUCCAAAAAUGCUUUGAUGUACAAAUGUAUGUGCCCAUAAAGUGGUUGUAAAUAUUUAAAUAGUUGUCAUGAAUAAAAUACUAAUACCGUUCCUUGCUGCUUGAUACAUUAAAGAUUUAGAUCUUCAAGUGUUUGGUUUUUCUGUCUCUUUACUACCCCUUAAGGAGCCCUGGUGGCAC